AGCGCGACUGUUCAGCAUCAUAAAAAUGGAACCUGGAGGUUUAAUUUUUUUUAUUUUCCUUGGCUGCUGCACAAACGUCUUCUUCAUGGAAAUCCUAAUCAAGCAGGACCCUGGCAUUGGAACUUUGGUCACUUUCACACAAUAUCUCUUCAACUCGAUAUAUGGAUUUAUAUUUUCAUCAAAAUUUGGGACCAAGAAACCGGAAAUAAAAUUAUCGGAAUAUGUGGCUCUGGUUCUUCUACUCUUUGCGGCCAAUAUUUGCAACAACUGCGCUUUCCUUUUUAACAUCUCGAUGCCCCUGCACAUGAUUUUCAAAUCGGGCUCGCUAACAGCAAACUUGAUUUUGGGAAUGAUGAUUUUGAAACGAAGUUAUUCAAACGUCAAAAUUGCGUCGGUAAUCACAAUAACAAUUGGAAUAGCGAUCUUCUCCGUACAAUCGGGAAGUAUCCUCAAGUCUGAAGUGCACAACGAAGGUGACAAUAAAGAGGUGAAGAGCGACUACCGGAUUUACGGCAUGGACUUGGAAUAUAUGAAAUGGCUCUUUGGCGUUUCUCUACUGCUUGUGGCUCUGUUUCUGUCAGCAAGGAUGGGCAUAUACCAAGAAGUCCUUUUCAAAACCUAUGGCAGGCAUUCCAGCGAAGCCCUCUUUUACACUCACUUGCUACCUCUUCCUGCCUUUCUGGUAAUAGCUCCAGACCUCCUGGCGCACUGGCACCUUGCCCUUCACAGUCCCAUCAUGAUCUUUUUUGGCCACGAGGUACCUAGCACUAUUUUUUACUUGGCCGGUAAUGUGCUGACCCAAUUUGUCUGCAUCAGUUCGGUCUACGCUCUGGCCACUCAGUGUACCUCUCUCACCGUUACGUUUGUAGUAACCCUUAGGAAAUUUUUCAGUUUGGUCAUAUCGAUUGCCUACUUCCAUAACGCAUUCAAUGUUUACCACUGGUUUGGAACUAUGUUAAUAAUUGUUGGAACCAUUGCAUUCUCAACAGAGUAAAGUUUGGCAUUAUUGUAACUUGCACAAAUUUAUUUCAUUUUCAUUAUUUAUUCUACUUCUUCUAAAAGACGAAAAGGUUAAAAAUUUCAAUGAAAAUAAGAUGGAAGUCGAGUAAAAUAGUUUUAUUUUUAAAAUUUAAAAUACCAGAGAUAAUUCAAUUAAAGCUUACUAACUUAUCUUAAAUCCGAAUGGAGGAUCUCUGUGAUGCUUUGUCACUUUUGUCAGCGCUUUUCCUCUUACUUUUGGAU